AUGGAUCUACUGAAUUGCUCCACUCUAGAGCUAACAGGGUUCCUGGUCAGCAGGAUGAGCCCCGGGAAGAUUCUGCUCUCCCUGACACUCUCACUCCUGGCAGUGGCUACCACAGCUAUCAACUCUCUGGUCAUCACAGCCAUCCUGGUUACCCGCAAGCUUCACCAGCCGGCUAACUACCUCAUCUGCUCCCUGGCCGUGACCGAUCUCUUAGUGGCUGUUCUGGUGAUGCCGGUGAGUAUAGUCUAUAUAGCUGAGGAGACGUGGGUCCUGGGUCCCUCCAUGUGUCAUCUUUGGCUGGGGGUGGAUGUGACUUGCUGCACCUGUUCCAUCUUACACCUGGCUGCUAUCGCCCUGGAUCGGUACCGCGCUAUCACGGAUGCCGUUGCCUACUCCCAGAAACGCACUUAUCGCCGGGCCGCGUUCACCAUCGUGGCCGUGUGGGUGCUGUCGAUUUUGGUGUCUCUUCCGCCUCUGGUGUGGAGGAGGCCACCCAGUGGACAUGACGGGGAAGACGGCGUGAUGGAUUGCCUGAUCGAACACGACCACGUGGCCUUCACCGUCUACUCCACCUUUGGCGCUUUCUACAUCCCCCUGGCUCUCAUCCUGGUGCUCUACUACAAGAUCUACCGCGCGGCUGAGAUGCUGCGCAACAGGAGAGGGAGCCACCGAUCCGUCCAUCACACGGUGAGCACGGUCACGUUGCCCGAGGUAGACUCGGAGAAGGACACUCCUUUGAGCCCGGGUCCGCUCAGCCCCACCAGCCCGACCGAGAAGUCCAUCUCCGAACCGUCCACGGACGGGGACAAGAUCCGGAUCACCGCCCAAAACCUGAGGUCCUUCAAGGCCCGCCGAGCCCCGGGGGCCAGGGAGAGGAGGGCGGCUCUCACUCUGGGGCUCAUUCUGGGGGCGUUCAUUGUGUGCUGGCUCCCCUUUUUCCUGAAGGAGGUGAUCGUUAACUCCUGCCCCUCAUGCAGCACCAGUGCCUUGCUGGCUGACAUCCUUACUUGGCUUGGCUACAUGAACUCCCUUAUAAACCCUCUCAUAUACACCAUCUUCAAUGAGGACUUCAAAAAAGCCUUCAAAAAACUGCUACCCAUUUGCCGUAACCAUUAUGGGUAA